CAUCCACCUGGAUCACAUACAAACCCUAUUUCACCUUUUUGUAUUAAACCUUCUUUAAUCAGAAAAAAACAGCCAAAACAUCAACAAAAUCACAGAUCUAUCAUGGACCACUUCUCUUGCAAGGGUACAAACAAGAUGGCCAGGAGGUCCCACGCUGUUGUCGGCUUCAGACCGUGUUGUUUCUUUUGUGUCAUGGAAGAAAAAGACCCUUGUCUUAGAAAAGCAUGGUUAGAGUUAUCUCUUAGUGAUAUGCACAUGACAAGAGACGACACAGAGCUCGCUCUCACACUCAGUUUCAUCUGGAGAUUCGCCAUGGCCGACCCCGGGAACCCCGAGUUACCGUCUCUGGGGGUCUUCGAGUGCAUGGCAAAGUUGUUGAAGAAAAGUCUUGAGGAUGCGGAAUGGGUAAUGACUGGUCAAAAUGUGUAUGUUCCAUACUACGCAGCUCAUAUCAUUGGAUCUUACACCAUGAAGAAGCCUGACUUUGCUGUGAAAGCUGUGGAGUCCGGUGUCAUAGCUCCAUUAGUGGAGCUUAUGAGAGGGAAAAUGAGUUGGGUCGAGCAAAGAGUGGUGGUUAGGGCGUUAGGCCACUUAGCGAGCUACGAGAGGACGUUUGAGGCAGUGGCUGCUUACGAGGAUGAAGUGGUGAGAUUAGCCAUGGACAUUGCAACGACAUGUGUAUAUGUUGUGUACGAAGCGUUUGUGAGUGUUCAAGAAAGAGAAGGAAGAGUGAGAUAUCAUUGUGACUUGCUGACAAGAGGACUUGGAGGGUUAGAGAUGGAAGACAGAAAAGCUGAGGAAUGGGCAAGCCAACUCCAGUGCUGGUCACUUCAUUUACUCAGUUGCUUUGCCUACAAGCAAAUGUCUAUUUCUCUUAUUUGCAACAAAAACUUUCUCAAGGAGCUUAGCCAAAUGUGGGGUGGAUUGGUUAACCACACUUCUCCUGCGAGCAUCGGGCUAAUCCGGAUUCUAUGUUAUAGCAAACAAGGGCGAGGACAUGUUUCAAAUUCCAGAGAAAUGAUAUUGAGCCUAUGCAACCUCUCCCGGUCUUCUGAUGAUUGGCAAUACAUGGGUGUAGAUUGUCUAUUGCUUCUGCUCAAAGACCAAGAAACAAGGUACAAAGUCUUAGAGACAUCAUUGUUUUAUCUAGUAGACCUAGUUGAGCUUAAAGCUCUUAAUGAUAGACCAAACCUAGGUGAUAGAAUAACUAGGGUUCUUCUAAUGGAUAACAAUAAAAAGAAAGGUUAUGCUUACACAUACAAGGCCCAAAAGGCUUUGAAAGAAAUAUGGAGGAUUAAAUUAGAGAGGAGAAAGAGGGAGAGAAAGCUUAUAGAGGGAGAUAAUCAAGAAAGGUUGGCAGAGGCUAGUGUAGUUGUGAAUUUGAUUAAGAAGCAAGCAAAUCAAUUUCUUUGUGUAGGAGACAUAGAGGGAGCUAUUAAAUGCUACAACGAAGCAAUAGGAUUAUGCCCUUUGAAACUUAGGAGAAAGAGAAUGAGUCUAUUUAGCGAUAGAGGAGAGUGUUACUUACUUAUCGGAGAUGCAGACGCAGCCAUAAGUGAUUGCACAAGAGCUCUUUGCUUGUCUGAACCUGUGAAUACGCAUGGUAAGAGUCUCUGGACAAGGUCAAGAGCUUAUGACAUCAAAGGGCUUUCAAGAGAAAGCUUGAUGGACUGUAUCAUGUUCGUUAAUGUCCGGUCCUUUCGUGGCAAAAUCCCUUACUAUGCUGCUCAAAUGAUCAGCAAACAGAUAGAGUCAACGUGUCUGUUUGAAGAGGCUAGAGCAACAAGGCUUCGAAAGAUGAUGCUCAAGGACAAAAUUCAUGGCUUAUCCACGAUAACAGAAGAACCCCGGAAGAAGAAGGAAAGGAAGAAACCUGAUCGCUUGGACUGAUGAAUCUAUGUAUGCUACACUUAUCUCAUAAGCAAGUUUUAUUUUUUUCAUUUUGGUUUCAAAUUACAAAGAUUAGUAUCAGAAUGUUUAGGAGUUUAUCUCCAGAGUAGUAAUCUUUUUUUAUUCAACAACAUGAAAUAUAAUAUGCGAGUUUAAACUGGAUGGUGACAAAACAAGGGCAUUAGCACAAUCGUCAAAUUAUUAUAUGUUCUUGUAUUA